AUGAGGGUCCUGCUCUCAGUCCUGGGAGUCCUCACCUUGUUGUCCAUAGCUCCUCUGGCCAGGAGCUUCCUUGAGGGACAGGAGUGCUCCUCCGAGUACCGCCACUGCAGAAUGAAGUGCGACGCCACCGAAUAUGCCAUCAGAUAUUGUGAGGAUUGGACCAUCUGCUGUGGAGCAAAGAGCAGAGAAGCAAAGAAGAAAAGGUUGUGGUGACUAGUUGAACUCAUCUUCUUAGGAAAAGACAUCCAAAGUAGUGAAAAGUUCCGUGUCCACCUAAGAAUAAAUGAUAAGACGA